AUGGCGGAUGUUCGAUUGCCGGGUUCGUGUCUGGGGGUUCCAAUUGAUCAUCGGCUUGAACCCCUUCUCGGUACUAGACUUGCAACCCCAGAUCCCUUCGUUAGUCCUGGAGGCCAUGCUCGAGCAAUUGAGAGUUAUGGCCGCUGUCUUCAAAAUAAUGGAGAAGAUAUUUCCGACAAGGAGGCCAAAUUUGCAAAGUGGCUAGCCAUGCCGGAGACGAAAGGCGGUGUCGUGAUUGUCCUUCAGCAGCCUGCAGAGCAUCAACGUUAUUUCUCCGAUCACCACCAAACCGUGAAGGACUGCGAUACUUUGGACGCCGUGGACGAAGAAGAACUCAAUGAAGCAUAUGCCAUAUUCCUUGAGAUGAUCCAACAGAAGCAGCCAGAUGUGGUGUUCUGCUGUUAUCGCAGCCCGCAUUCUACCAAGUAUAAAGGCUUCCAGUGCAUCGGAAUAGGACGCACCCGCGAUUAUCGAGUCACGGUCCAAGGCCAACGUUACACCUGUGUGAACGGCUUCCAUCCGAGCUAUGCGCUUAACUAUCUCGAAGACAAAAGCGCAUUGCGGAGCCUCUUCAUUAUUGAGGCAAUGCAAGCAUUCCGUCGAGCCAAUGGCACCUGGAAAAGGAGUCCUUGGAUGACUGAUGUGCGCGAAAACUGUACUGCAAUAGUCCGGAAAGACAUAGAAGAUAAGCAGGACCAGCCAAGGUGGACUAAGCACGACUUUCAACGCGAGCGAUUUCAGAUAUAUAUGGACUAUGUAACGAGGAUGUUGGACUCCCUAAAAUCUGGUGCAUACGAUGACAUGACGAACGACGAUCUCUACGACCUCAUAUUGAAGGAGCGAUAUAACGUCCUCUUCCCCAACUGUCUGCUGAUCCUCGUCAAAAUUAUCAAGUUUCUGGAUCGCGGAGGCGACCGUCUACAGGACAAAGGGUUUGAGCAGCUCCGCCAACGAGAGGAGCGCGAUAUACGAGAUCUCAGACGGAACGUGGAGAAGAGAUGCAAUGAGUUCCUACGCUCUCUCCGCGCAGCUAGAGCACCCUUUCAAGUCGAGAGAGGAGGGAAAGGUCUAUUCACCUCUGCUGGUUUGAACAAAAGCCUUCUCCGUCUUGGACCAUUCAAGCACCAAUCUGGAUUCCAGUAUAACUUGCGACUCAGUUUCCUGAGUUUGGUGCGCAUCCUUAACGGCGCUUAUACUUGCCAGGGCCGAAUGGUCUACGAUAUUGACAGAAACGAGCUCGCUCGGGCGUUCAGACUUGCUGCUGGCCACCUUGAAUGGGGGAUGGCACAGCAUGCCGGCAGCACACGGAGGCGGGCCUCCGAGGAAGACCUCGCGAUCUCAAGCCGAUUCAACUUGUUGACGAUCGGGGGCAGCCCUCAAACAGACUGA